AUGAGCUCGCAUGUGGUGGUGAUUGAUUCUACAGCUAGAAGAGCUACUGUCAAGACAAAUCCGUCGAAGCCAUUAGCAGAUGUACUGCAAGAAGCUUGCAGCAAGCUAGGACUGGAUGCCAGUCAAUAUGGCCUCAAACAUCAGAGUAAACAAGUUGAUUUGUCGCUCAUAUUCCGGCUGUCCGGUCUAAGCUCCGGCGCAAAACUCGAGCUCGUCCAGCUCUCAAAAUCACCGUCCGUUGUAACCGUCGCCCUCCAACUUCCACAAUCCGAAGCACAAGGUGCUCCAAACGGCCGACUUCUUGAUAAAUUCCCUAGCACAACGACUUUAUGGCUUGUGUUACGAAAGUUCGAAGCAGGUGUGGCCGGAAAUGGAUCUACGAGAAAUUUAACAGCUCGAGCGGCGCCUGCCACGGAUAGUGGAAAUAAUGGAACUGGAAGGUUAUAUUAUCAGACACCGGUACUUUCAGUAAUGGGUCGAGAAUUAUCCGAUUUCUCGGAUUUACAAAAGUCGUUGGCACAAUUAGGUUUUAAUAGUGGCAAUGUGCUCUUCCGAUUAUCUUUCCGAACGACGCAACAACCAUUCGAAGAAGCGGUGGCGAUGAUUGAUAAGUAUUUUGAGUCGCUUGGUGAGGAGAAAGCUCCAGCUGGAACACCGGUAGCUGCAACUGCUGUUGAGCCUGCGCAAUUAGUAGAACCUGCGGCAACAACCCAAGCCGAUGUCAUGGAUACACAAGACGAUAUAACACAGCCAACCGAUUUACCCGCAUCAGAGGUCGAACAAACAGAAACUCUUUCUCCCCUAGUUUCUGACCGUCCAGUCACCGUGUAUAAACCACCAACGAAUACAACGCCUCGUUCAGCUUUGACAUCCUACAACGAGGAAGACUAUGUUCCCAGCAUCGAGCACGCCAAAUCACAUCAAGGACGACUCAACCAGCUGUCUAAGAAUGUGCGUCUUCCAAGCGAUAAAGAGAUUGCCGAGAAGGCAGCAGCAGAGCAAGAGAAAUUGGCAGCCAUCACAGAAAUUGAUGUCAAAGUCCGGUUUCCAGAGCAAAGCCAGGUCGUUGCCAAAUUCAAACAAACUGAUACAGGUUCAACUCUAUAUACAUUUGUGCGAGGCUGCUUGAACGCAAAGUUUGCCAACGAGAAGUUUUUAUUAGUGGUAUUUGGUGCAACAGCGAAGCCUCGAACAAAUCCAGGCGGCGCAAGUCAAACCAUCCCAGAUUCAGACCAACACUACCUUAUCAAGGAUCAAGGUCUACGAGGAAGAGUCCUUGUUAAUUUCACGUGGGUUGAUAAUAAUCAAGCAUCUGCCAUGGCGGCAGCGACCCGAACAACAACGCUAUUAAAGCCAGAACUUAGCAGCCAGGCACAAGACAUACGCAUUCCGACUGUGCCGGAAGUUGUCGAAGAAGAAAAGGAUAAACCAUCACUUAUGAAUAGACUUGGCAUGAAGGAUAGUGAAGAAGGUGGAAGCAAGUCCCAGGGAGUUAAGAAGGGAGGAGUGCCGAAAUGGCUCAAACUUCCCGGGAAGAAAUGA